AUGGCAGACGCAGUGCCUUCUGACGCACUGGAUUAUGAGGCUUGUCGCUUAUCAUCAAUUACGCUCCAAACCGACGGUGAAACGCCUGUCGCUACCAAAGGCAUCUGCAACCUGAAGCGAAAGACAGAAGAAGGUGAAGUUAAAGACGACACCGAUACACAGAUAUCCAAGAAGCAUCGCGCUCUCCAUCACCAUGACGUGUCAUCUCCGGGCCUCUCUCCAUGUCUUCUUGCCUUGAUUCGUCCACCCGAGCCAUCGUCCAUAAAUGGCAUUCUUCGACAACACUGCCGAAAGAGCCUCUACGUGAAGCCGUUGUAUUGGAAACUACAGCACCUAGAGCUGUUGGGCUGUCAAUUUCAUGCUAAGAUCGAGAAAGAGCAGAAUGCCCGCUUCCAAGGACAGUCCCAAGGAGAGACUAGGAGAGACCAAGUCCCAAGGAAUACCACAAAAUUACCUCCUGACAUCAUUAUUCGACGUGCUGUAAAGGAAUUUCCAGGCAAAUCACAAUUCAGCUCUGACCUCAAUUUUUACUUCAACGGCCGUCAUGUUACCAAUCUCUAUACCUAUGGUAUUUUCUCGCGCACUUCAUACGAAGCCGACGGGCCCAGUCUUGCGUUUCUCAGUCUUCGCGACGUAAGUCAGCAACGCGACAUGUCGAUUAGGUUCCCUUGGCACGUCGAGAGAAGCUCACCAGAGUAUAGGAUUGCAGAGAAGAAAAGGAAAAACGUGCGGCCUGUCAACGAGGUCGAAGAUCCAUAUAUUGCGGCUGUUUUAAUAGCCUUGGCUCAGAAGCAGCAGCGUCGACAGCACGCCGUUGCAGGGACACAAGCGGAUACGCCGAACAGGGAAGACGAUUCCUUCCUCGUUCCUCGAUCGAUUAGACUAUCCGUCGGAAAAUAUCCCAAGUCGUCCAUUCCCCAUCAAGUAUCAUCAAAUUUCGUUCUCAUCCCUUGA